GGUUUUAUCGUGUUUUUUGAUCGACUGCUGCCGUGCUUUCAAACUCUGCAGUCAAUUAAGCUGGAUUCAGAAUUCAUCUUCUCAACACUUGUCUCUGAAUUGCAACAAAGGGAAGCAAGAUUCUCUCUUGAUUACGUCCUCAGGUUUUCUAUUUUCUAGCUCAUUCUUUGGUCAUGGGACCACUAUCUGCAUCUGGAUCCUUUGUUUGGUUCAAUCCAACCACCACACAACUUUGGAAUCACAUUCUAAUCAUUUUUCUUUUUUUUUUCUUAUCCUAUCUUUCUCUUUCCAACAGUUUGAUUGCUGCUUUAUCAGAAGAUCUCAAGGAGAAAUUUGUUCCGUGAGUAAUUAUAUAGUCUUUUGACCAGUCCUUAAUCUAUGUUUCCAACCGUUUUUCCCUUUGUAUGUUUUUUUUUUCUUCUCUUGUCUAGCUUCCUUCCACAGGUUGUCUACACAUUAUUAAUUCUCUUGAAUAAUGGUGGUCUGGAAAAUGCAGAGACUGUUGAGCAGAUAUUCACAUCCUGGUCUAAAAUAAUAGAAAGCCUAAGGUUUUGUUUCGCACGCGACAUCCAAUUUGCUCUCAGGUAAAAUACACAACUUCAGCCUAGCCCAGGCAACGUAUGUUUUUACUGCGUUGUGGAUUCAUACAGUUCAUGAAUAGGUAGGUCUCUGUUACUUGGCCCAAUACAAAUGUUGAUUAGUUUCUUCUUUUCUUGUUAUAUGGAUGGAAUAUUGUAGGUGCUUUUGUAUUCCUUUUUUGUUCUUGUUGCAUUUUUUGUUACUACCCCAGUGACAUUAUCAAUGAAAAAGUAUCAAAAUCGAUGUCAUGUGUGGUUGAUCUAGCUCGGCCCAGUCAGCUUCAAAAAGGGAUCAAGAUGAUCCUUUCUGAAGUUGCAGAGCAACCGGAAAGAGCUGCCAGAGCUGGUUUUCUCUAUUAUGAUAUGAUCGUGAAUCUGCAGAAAUCUUAAAAAUGAAGCCGGCAAAACAACAGAUUUUGUGUGUUUUGGUUUUUAAGUGUGUGUUGAUUUCAAGUCAGCUCUAUAAGUUCCAUUAUAUUCAAGAUAUGAAAUUUUCAUAUUAUUUUUAAGAACUUAUUAGUGAUGAUUCUUAGAUCUCUGCACAGCAUAUUCCUAAUUUUUUUUUUUUGUUUUUAAUAAGCCUCUGCCCUAACACUUGACAAUUCUCCUUAUGCCCUAACACAGCAUAUUCCAAAGCUCUAAAAGAUGGACAAAUCUAGUACCUUGCUCGUACACUAUGACAAAGGGACUCCAGCAGUUGCCAAGGAGAUUAAAGAAGCUCUAGAAGGAAACGAUGUGGAAGCAAAAGUUGAUGCCAUGAAGAAGGCGGUUAUGCUUUUGCUGAACGGCGAAACCAUUCCUCAGCUUUUCAUAACUAUUAUUCGAUACGUGCUGCCUUCCGAGGACCACACGAUCCAAAAGCUUCUGCUGCUGUACCUGGAGCUGAUCGAGAAAACAGAUUCCAGAGGGAAGGUGCUGCCUGAGAUGAUUUUGAUUUGCCAGAAUCUUCGGAACAACCUUAUGCAUCCUAAUGAGUACAUUCGCGGAGUGACGCUGAGGUUUCUCUGCCGGUUGAAGGAGACUGAGAUCGUGGAGCCUUUGACUCCAUCAGUGUUGCAGAAUCUGGAGCACCGUCAUCCGUUUGUUCGUAGGAAUGCAAUUCUGGCCGUCAUGUCGAUCUAUAAGCUUCCACAUGGUGAGCAGCUCUUCGUGGAUGCACCUGAAAUGAUCGAGAAAGCUUUGUCAUCAGAACAAGAUCCGUCUGCCAAGAGAAAUGCGUUUCUGAUGCUCUUUACCUGUGCUGAGGAACGAGCUGUGAAUUAUCUUCUGAGCAAUGUUGACAAGGUUUCAGACUGGAAUGAGUCGCUUCAGAUGGUGGUGCUGGAGCUGAUUCGAAGUGUGUGUAAGACUAAACCAUCGGAGAAGGGGAAAUAUAUUAAGAUUAUUAUUUCUCUGUUGAGUGCCACUUCCUCUGCAGUUAUCUAUGAAUGUGCUGGGACGCUUGUUUCUCUCUCAUCUGCCCCUACUGCUAUUAGGGCUGCUGCCAACACCUACUGUCAACUUCUUCUUUCUCAGAGUGACAACAAUGUGAAGCUCAUUUUGCUCGAUCGGUUGAGUGAGCUUAAGUCAUCGCACAGAGAUAUCAUGGUUGAGCUAAUAAUAGAUGUGCUCAGAGUACUCUCAAGCCCGAACCUUGAUAUUCGCAGGAAGACACUUGACAUUGCUCUUGAUUUGAUUACUCAUCAUAACAUUAAUGAGGUCGUUCAAAUGUUGAAGAAAGAAGUUGUGAAGACACAGAGUGGAGAGCUUGAGAAGAAUGGAGAGUACAGACAAAUGCUUAUUCAAGCAAUCCAUGCAUGUGCAGUUAAGUUCCCCGAAGUUGCAAGCACAGUGGUCCAUCUUCUUAUGGAUUUCUUGGGAGAUAGCAAUGUGGCUUCAGCACUCGACGUGAUUUCAUUUGUUAGAGAGAUAAUAGAAACAAAUCCCAAGUUGAGAGUUUCAAUCAUAACCAGGUUGCUGGACACGUUCUAUCAGUUCAUAUCCGAUUUUACAGGAAUGAGUCAACUUGAGUUGGAAGACCAGGUGCAAGAUGACCUGAAGCGUGCUACCGGAGAAUUCACCAAGGACGAGAACGAUGCGAACAAACUCAACCGUAUUCUUCAACUCACAGGAUUCAGUGAUCCAGUCUAUGCUGAAGCAUAUGUGACAGUCCAUCACUACGACAUCGCACUCGAGGUUACCGUUAUCAACCGUACAAAGGAUACUCUUCAGAAUCUGUGCUUGGAGUUAGCAACCAUGGGUGAUCUCAAGCUUGUUGAGCGUCCUCAAAACUAUAGCCUUGCACCUGCAACGAGCAUGCAGAUAAAAGCAAACAUCAAGGUCUCGUCCACAGAGACCGGAGUCAUAUUCGGGAACAUCGUCUAUGAGACAUCAAAUGUUAUGGAGCGAAACGUGGUGGUACUAAACGACAUUCACAUCGAUAUCAUGGAUUAUAUCUCCCCUGCUGUUUGCUCGGAUGUUGCUUUCAGAACCAUGUGGGCAGAGUUUGAAUGGGAAAACAAGGUUGCUGUGAACACCAAGAUUGAGAACGAAAGAGAGUUCCUCGACCACAUUAUCAAAUCCACAAACAUGAAGUGUCUCACUGCCCCAUCUGAACUAGACGGAGAAUGUGGGUUCCUUGCAGCAAACUUAUACGCAAAAAGUGUGUUUGGUGAGGAUGCUCUAGUGAAUGUGAGUAUCGAGAAGCAAACGGACGGAGCAUUGAGUGGCUACAUAAGGAUAAGGAGCAAGACGCAAGGGAUUGCGCUAAGUCUUGGAGACAAAAUCACCCUCAAACAAAAGGGUAGCAACUGAGGUUAGCUAGUAAGAAACCGACACAGAGAUCUUGAAAAUGAAGCGGGCAAAACAACAGAUUUUGUGUGUUUUGGUUUUAAGUGUGUGUUGAUUUCAAGUCAGUUCUAUAAGUUCCAUUAUAUUCAAGAUAUGAAAUUUUCAUAUUAUUUUUAAGAACUUAGUAAUGAUUCUUUAGAUC